AUGGCUUCAAAACGCGGUCCGCGAAAAUCCGUAGCUUUCAGAGAGGAAAUCCCGCAAGAAAUCUGGUGUAAAUAUUGUAGUAAGAUUUACGAAGAGCCAAAAGUCCUACCAUGUUUACAUACGUUUUGCAAGCAGUGUAUUGGUUUAAUUACGGGAGAAAAUGAAAAUUAUCUGUUUUGUCCGAUUUGUCAUUCAGAUGUGAACUUACCCUCGAGAAAUCUGGAUGAUUUACAGCCCAAUGUUAUUGUUAUCAGGAAACUCGAAGAGUUUGAGAGACAAAAACUACGACAGCGGGAGGAGGAUUGUAGCGGUUGUGAAAACGGCCAAAAUCUGGCUUCACAUAGGUGCAUGGAGUGCCAAGAAUUUCUUUGCGGUGACUGCACGCUAGCUCAUCGAAGAGUAAAAUUCACGCGCGAACACGACAUUUUGUCUCUUGAAGAAUUCGUGGAUAGAACAAAUCCAAUAGAGCACUCAACAUCAAUACCUUGUGUUGCACAUUGUAGCGACAGUGUGGACAUGUAUUGCAAAACUUGCGAUUUAUUAACGUGCAAGGAAUGUAGAAGAAGUACUGAUCACGAGGGACAUGAUAUUGUUUCAAUAAAGAGCGCUGUUGACUCGCUCAAACCGACACUUUUAUCGUUGCUGGAUUCUACGCAGAAAAAUAUUCCUGUCUUACAAAAGUCGGUGUACGAGAUUAUCAAGGUUUACGGUCGGUGGCAGAAUAAAAUCGAUGAUGUGUCGUGGCAAAUUCGGAGGACUUCGCGUCGCCUUAUUCAAGCCAUUAAAGAGAAAGAGCAUCAGUUGCUAAAGGAACUGAACACCAUCAGAGAUAAUCGCGCCUCUGUAUUAGUGAACCAAAAGGACGAAAUUGAAAGAAACUUGGUCUGUACCAUCGAUGGUUGCGAUUUCUCCGAGGAGAUUAUCAAACAUGGAAAAGAUGCGGACAUUCUAGCAGUAAAUAGCUUAAUUUGUAAACGACUGUGCGAAUUGCAGGAAAAUCAGACAGACGGGGGGUUGAAUACUGUCAAAGUAGAGUUUGAUCCAGAUGAGAGGCCGAUUCUUGAAGCUAUAAAAGAAACAUUUGGCUCAAUAAGUGUCGGUCAUGAACCCAAAGAGCAAGCUAACGAUAAGAAAGCUGAUGAACUAACUGAGAAAUCGCAACUAGCGAGUUCACUACCUAAUGGAGGGAGUUCUGUAUCAUUUGCUUCAGCAGAUGAUGAAGAAUCCAGUCCCAGUACUCUCUCUUCAGACUCGCAAAAGCCUGAAACAGGUAUAGGUUCUUCUUCGAGUUCGCUUGCGCUUAACCAAGAUCCAAAGUCUACCAAAAAGGCGAAAGGUCGUCGAUUCAGCUUCCCAGCUUUGACAAUUGGUAAAAAGUCAAGUGAACCUGUCGGAAAGCUGGCCCCGACGGAAUUCCUAAUUCCUACGACUGACAGCCGAGGACGUCCCAGGGAAGUCGGAAUACAGCUCGAGUCUCCAGACGGAAGUGUCAUUUCUGCUAAAGUCCUCGACAACAAAAAUGGAACUUAUUCGAUAUUCUACUGUCCACGGACUCCAGGCGAGCACAAUUUGUUCGUGAGCUUGUCCAGUAAACAUAUCAAGCAUGGCAGACGCAUCUUGAAUUUUUACGGUUCUUUCACUGGGUUAAAAGGCGAGGAGUUGACACUGAUUUGUAAGACUUUGUGCUUGAUAAAAUGGCACGUCACUCCCGGCCUGAUUCAAGUUAAGGACGGCAAGAAAGUUCCGAAUCCCGAUAUGAAUUUACAACAAGUUGGUCAGUCAGAGGCGUGA